AUGCUGUCGUCAUCCUUCCUCUGGGCCGCGCUCUCCGUGGCGAGCGUCGUUUCCGCCGCGCCGGUGGAUGUUCUCGAGAAGCGCGCCGUCAUCGCCCACGACGCUGUCGUCGGCUUUGCACAGACGGUCCCGAGCGGCACGUUGGGCGAGCUGUAUCUCAAGUACAAGCCUUACCUCUACGUGGUGAACGGAUGCGUGCCCUUCCCGGCUGUGGACGCCGAGGGCAACACGAGCGGUGGCCUCUCCCCCAGCGGCGACCCCUCGGGCGACUGCGACAGCAGCACGGGGCAGGUCUACGCGCGAGCAACGACCUACAACGACGCCUUUGCCAUCAUGUACGCGUGGUACAUGCCGAAAGACUCUCCCUCAUCCGGUCUCGGCCACCGGCACGACUGGGAAGGCAUCGUCGUCUGGCUCUCGGGGGAAUCCACGUCCGCCACCCUUCUCGGCGUCGCCGCCUCUGCCCACGGCGACUUCAGCACCACGACGAGCCCCAAUCUCAGCGGCACAAGCCCGCUGAUCAGGUACUACAGCGUGUGGCCGGUCAAUCACCAGCUCGGCUUCACGAGCACAGUCGGAGGCCAGCAGCCGCUGAUCGCGUACGAUAGCUUGACGGACGCGGCGAGGACGGCGCUGGAGGAUACGGAUUUCGGAGACGCGAAUGUGCCGUUCAAGGAUGCGAACUUUGAGAACAACUUGGCCAAGGCUGCGUUGUAA